AUGGCAGCUGAGAGCGCUUCAUCACACCAGUCAUCUGAAUCUAAACAGGAUGGUCGAUCAGGACAAGAUUCUGAUAAAAAUGAUAUAAUGAUUAAAAAAGAAGAAAUUGCUAAUGUCUCCACGACUCUUAGUAAUCAUAAGCAUGAAGAAGGGAACUUAACCGUCACGAUGACCUCCUCUAAACCGUUUUUGGAAGAAGAAUAA